CAGGAAUUUACAAUAUUUCGGAAAUUACUCCUAACUUGCUUUUUGAACUUCUUAAUGAACUAGGCGAUUUUAACAGAAAAGUUGCGAUUACUAUCAAAAACCUUUCGCCACAAGUAACUCUCGAGUAUCCAGAAGUUUAUAUUGAAUCGGGAACGUCUAAUUAUGGGCUUCCUAUGAAUCAACUAACAAGUGAUAAAGGGUUAGUUUGGGGUGCUCGUAAGACUGCUGGCUUUAUCGGAGGUACUGUAGGGGUUAUUGUGUACCAUCUUAAAGAUCGUAAUGAAUCUUUGGCCUUCAUGUGGAGCGUCCCAUUUAACUAUGGCUUUUACUCUAAUUGGUGGAAUAUAAAAAUUUUUAAAGGUCGUGUUAGAGCUAACCAAGCAUUAUAUGAAAGGAUGUAUCAUGACCUUCCCCAUGAAGGUGACAAUAAUAUCCAUCGCGGAAUUCUAAAUUCUGAUCUUCUAUACUCGGGAUCCAUGGGAAACUCUGGAACACCUACUAUUGAAUUAGAGAUUUUAAAUUAUAGAGCUAUUAGUACAGCUUAUUCUUCCGCUUCUGUUAGCGAAAAAAGAAGUUAUUAA